AGUCAUCCUCUUCACUUUGUCUUGACAUAAGGGCCGUUCACACACGACGCGUUCUUGCGUUUCGUCUGUUUUAAAUGUUCAAUGCCUCUAGCGCAACUUUGGUUGCGUUGCGUUUUGCAUUUUAUUUUGCUUUUUUUCAACAUCUCACCAGUGUAAAGUUAAAAACAUAAGUGCAGUUCACACAGGAUACAUUCUUGAAUCCAUCGACGCUGUUUGCUGUUAAUAUUUUUAUUUUUUCAUUUUUUUUUUUGAACCAUGUCAGUUGAGACACUUCUUGCUUCUUUUUUAGCGUGUACAGUGCCAUAACAGGAUAAAAUUUACCUCAUAAAAAUAGAGUUCGAGAUCCAUGCGUACUGGUCCAUUCUGCUGCAUCAACUGGUUUUGAAAUCACUCUGUGUGAAUGGCUCAAAUUUAAAAAAAAUAAUGACCAGUUCCGUCGAACUGGUUUUGGACUGGAGACUGUGUGAACGCCCCUAUGCUAUUAAAACGAUUUCUAUUCAUAGCCUAUAUCUAUUUAUUAUCAUUUACCUUUUUUAUGAUUUUUAUCAUUUCCGGGUUUCUCAGAAGCGGAAGUCGUCAUAGUUGGGUUAACUUGUAUAGCGGUAAAUGAGACUUCAUUAAAUAUAUUUUUUUUUGUGUUUCCAUUUGCGCAAAUAGCAAAAGAAAAAACUCCACAAUAGUGUUUUCACAACUUUCAAAAAGAGGAAAAUACAGAGGAUUUCUCUCCCACAGCCACUAUAUUGACUAUAUGCACGGUUACUUCCUGGUUUUCAUUAGGCCAGCUUGGGCAUUUCCGGUGAACUGUUAGCUGAUAAAUGAUCAUUCUGUACUCGCUGUACAUCAACACAAAAGCAUGGUUGACUUUUUAAUGUUGUAUUUAUAUUUUAAUGCAGUUAUCAGGCUUGCCUAAUUUGCCAAUAAACCAGUUUUAUUGAUUGCAAUAAAGACGAUGCUAAUGGGAAUGUUUGAAUAAGAAACGCACAUGCAUUUUUUUUCCAGCACUUCAAUGUUAUUUUUAAUCUGAUGACCACAAAAAUUAUUUGUUCAUCCUUCUGAGAUGGCCCCAAUUUAGUAACACCGAAUGUUGCAAGAUGUAGGAAAUCCAACAUUUGAUAGAAAACAGUUUUAUUUAAAAAUAAAAAAGACAUUAAUCACCACUACUGACCACUGAGUAGAAUUUAUUUGUGCAUAUAUUAGCCAUUUCCUGUAAUAGUUUAUCACUCAGUUUUGCUUUUGAAUAAAUAUUAAACAUUAUAAAAUCACUAGGUUUAAAAAUACAUUUUGUCAAGGUGAAUACUCACAAAAUCUCAUGAAAAACAAUAACUUUGCAUGUGAAUCAAUUACACAGAGAGCGAGCACCGCACUGUCAUGAGCUGUCAGUCAGUGUAGCGCAAGCUCAAUGAUUUUGGCACACUUGUGAAAACUCACAUUUUAAUUAAUGAAUCUAACUAAAGUGCACAAUAAAACUUUAACUGUUGACGCUUUUUUUCCCACGUGUGAAAACUAAUGGUCGAAUUGAAUUUAACCGAGGAGGAUCACUAAGGUACGUCUUUAUUUAUUUAUUUUUAUGUCGCCAUACGUUUGAAUAACUAAAUUAAUGCUAGGCCUGACUAUUUAAGUGACUAUAUUCUAAGUAUUACACUAUUGAUGCUGAACACACCAACAAGUGACAUUUCACCGUAAGUUUUCCAGCUGGCUUAUAUUAUUGCGGAAGUUCUAAAGAACGCACCGUGCAUAUAGUCAAUUAAAAACCCUCACAGCAGCGUUAACUAGUUUUUUUUGUAAUUUGAUGCAAAGGUAAUACAAUGCAUAGUGUUAUAAAUGUACAUACAUUACAAAAUAAAUAAAUAAAUGAAAAUAUAAAAAACUUUACGAUAUUUUUGACCGUUAAAACGCGUCAUCACAGUCUGUGAAAAAGGUCUGAUAGACCAGUAAGCCUAAUCCUACCGUCACAACAGCGCCUACUAUAGCCUAUACGUAUAUGUCACAUAUUCUCCAAGUGUGGGUCACAGAAUUCGGUGCAGCACCGGCAAUGAGAGAAAAUAGAAAUAAAACCAAGAUAUACAAACUCAGCUACGCAUUAUAAACCAUAUUCUGGAGUGCGCAUCGAAUGUGACAACGUGUUUACACUGGAACGCAACUGAGGCGCCAAACCAAAACUGUAGGCCUACUGCUUAGGCUGUAAAAUGUAUUUUCUGGAGUUCUGUAGGCCUACUCCUGCGAAUGCGCACACUCUUCUAAUUAUAUUCGAUUUCCCGCGCCUUCAGUGCCGCUUUGUUGCUUAUGAAUGAAGCGUUGCGUUAUUUGGUGUGUCGCGUCGCGUUCAGGACGCAGGUGAGUUAAUCCUCUGAGCGCCAAGAUCCUCUGCUCUGACAUGAUGCGCUCAGGAAUCCCUGCACUAUUAACAUGACGUCCACGAAUCCGACUGAGGCAGACCGGGAAUGUUUCGACCUCUCCACCGAAGAUGGAGGAACACAUGAUACUCCUACUAUACUCGAGCGAUCCGAUACACAUCCUGCUGGAACAGAUGCCAGUUCCAUGGACCAAGAAGGACCUGCAUGUGCAGUCAAAGAAAAGGAGUCUGAGUUUUCGACGCCUGAGUUCAUUCCAUCGUCUUCACACACUUUAGGAUCAGAGCAGCACAUUUGUGAGGGGUUAAAAUAUCUCACCGGAGACGGACUAGAGCCAGAUCUCAAGACCUCCAAGCCAGCACCAGCUCUGGACUUCACAGAUGAGUCCACAGCCAGUCAGAGUCACAGUCAGGGGCAGGAUCCUACUGAAAAAGAAGCUGAACAGAUCCUGAAGAAUGAGGGGUUUGAUCAGAAAGAACUAAAGCAAGAUCAUGAGAAUCACAUGGCACAGAGAAGCUACGAUCUAGAGGAAGGAAUGCCAGCCGUGGUGAUUACCCAACCAGAUGAGGUCUCAUCAGACGAGUUGGAGGACAUAAAUUUAUCUGUGAAGCAUGAGGACAUGGUGCACACCGAUUCCAGUCGCAAUGAGAGUCCCAGUGAUGUCACUGAACUCAGCAGCAGUGACCUGCUGUCCUUAAAGAGUGACACCGUAUCUCUGAUCAGUGAAACGGCCGUCUCAUGCAAAAGUGAUGAAGGACCUGAGGAAGACACUCGGAGCAUCACAGCAUCUUCAGUUAUGUCACUGUUUAAUCGGGUACAGAUGGACCCCAUUGAGAGGGAGUGGCUGCGGUGUGCGGCGCUGGGAAACGCUACGACCCUGUACCUGCUUCUGCAACAGGAACCCACGCUCGUCUCCAAAAAGACGGCGCUCCACUGGGCGGCCAAGCAGGGCCGCGUGGAGAUGGCGGACAUGAUGGCGCGCUCCGGAGCGGACGUCAACCAGAGAGCGGGCUACACACCGCUCCACCUGGCUUCUCUGCACAGACAUGGCAAAAUCAUCCAGCUCCUAAUCAAUAGCUACAAUGCCAAAGUCAAUGUAAGGGACUAUCAUGGGAAGAUGGCAGCUCAUUACUGGAAUGGCAGCAAGGAUCUUUUUACAGAACACAGACCUCAUUCUGCUGGCAGUUUGUCAAGGGGGAGGCGGGUCCAGUACUACACACAGCUGUCUGCCCUGCUGUCCCGCUCUCACAGUAACAGGAACAUCAGUGCAGAGGUGUCCGGCCAGCAACUAGAGCCCACUCCCUUAAACCGGUCAUCCUCAUCCUGACCCACAUUAACCACAGCUCAGUGUUUGUGUGUCAAACCUAUCUUGUCUACAUGGUUUGAUGUGACCUCUUACAGUAUUGAAUAUAAUAAGACAAUUACUACAAAAUUUGCUUGUAAACUAAAUUUAUUAUUUUAAAAUUCACUGGCUAUGUUUGGAAUAAAAUACUAAUGUAAUGCUAAUAAUAAGACUAAUGGAAUGUAUACCACAUACAAAUAAAAUCAUAGUUCUGAAAAGUAUUUCAAACAUUGUCACAUGACCUCAUCACUUUGCAUGUUAUAUUGAAAAUAAAAAAUGGGUAUUUUGCACUUUUCUCCCAGUUUUGUGUAAAAAAAGUCUUAACCCUUGCUAGUCCAAUGAAAUCCUGAAGGACAUAUUUGAUGUUGCUUCCAGUUAAUUCAUUACACUUGAAUGGAAGGAAUGUGUUAAUUGUGGCCAUUUUAAUCUCAAUUAAUUUGCUUCUGCUGCAAGUGAAAACAAACACUAAACAAUUCCUCCUCUGCUACUUGUUUACAAAAAAAUUUGCUGUUAAUUUCGCAUUUACCUGUCAGAAAUACCAAAACUGUCUUGCCACUUUCUCUUUAUAUACACCCCAAUUAACACAACACCUAGAGGAACACAACAUGGCGUAAUGCUUCUGUCCAUCUGUUGUACCUCAGGCCUUUGUCUUUGUUUGGACACUAGCUGCAGUAUUUCUCACUAUCAGACCAACUCUCACAGUCGAGGUCCAGCUAGCGGGAGUCAUGUGAGAAAGAUGUGUGCGUACAGCUGCCACUCAGAACGGGCCGAUGGUUUGCAUGAGUGACGCACAGCUAUGAACAAGAAAAUGGCAGAAAUUAGUGAGUGCGCAAAAAGGUAUUUUGUAGAAAAGAACUUAAAUUUUAUGACUAAAGUCUAGCAGCUUUUAGUAACUGUAUGCAGUGGUGUGACAUUCCCAGAGCCGUCCGGGAAAAGUCCUUGUGUGUACAUUCGUUAUGUCUCUGAAUGACACUGAGAAUUUGGUUAAAAAUCCAAUGCAAGAAGUUUGGACCUCCCUUUUGAAAUGAUUAAUUUUUAUCUGAUGAAUACAAAAAAAAAAAAAAAAAAAAAUCACCAAAUAACAUUAUGCUAACACUGCUUGUGACGUCGUCACGGCUGUUGCUGUCGUUGAGGUUGGCAUUACGAUCUGGUGUCAGAAUGUGUCCUCAGGUGUUCAGGUGUAGGAAAGACAGCAGACAGUGUCUAGAAGACACUCCUCCAGGUAAAGGAAUAGCUUUUUACCUGGAACUGCUAAACAUAGAACAGAGACAAUACGUUUCCUGUUACAUUAUAGUCAAUGGC